GUGAGAGUCGGCAAUAAUAGGGGGGGGAUGAUCACCAAACGCAUUAGAAAAAGCGCGGCGGAGGAGCUGGAAAGACCGGUGCCGGCGGAGGCCGACAGGCAGGCUACAGCCGGAAAGGCGACUCCGCCGCCCCCGCUGAAAUGGCAGCGAAAUGAUUUUCCCUCCCCCUGGCAGCACCAGCUCAGUCACAGCACAGCCAGACCAGACGCCGCCCUCCUCCUGCUCUGCUCCCUCCGUCCUCCGUCUUCCUCCUUGCCCCUCUGGAGGCGAGCCGCCAGCCCAGAAAACCAAUCGAACAGCGCGAGCGAGGCCGCCCGCCUCCACUGCUCGCCCGCGUGCGUGCGUCCCGAUCCCGGCAGCAGGAACAGAAAAGGAAGGAAAAGAAGAACCAAGAGCAGAGUUGAAUAGGCCAUUAUGCGCCGGUGGCUUUGCUGCAGUCAUUUUGACACGCCAUAUCUCGAAAACGAAAAUGGAUUUACAAGCAGUCCUGAUAAAACAAGUGGAAACGAUUUGAAUUCAAAUAGUGAUCCUGCAAAACCGCCUUCCAUCGAAGUACCUGCAUUGUCAUUUGAUGAAUUGAAAGAAAAGACAGAUGAUUUUGGGUCCAAGGCUUUGGUUGGUGAGGGGUCAUAUGGAAGAGUAUAUUAUGCUGUUCUGGAAACCGAACAACAUGUGGCUGUAAAGAAGCUUGAUACUUCAGCAGAUCCUGAGCCUGAUAAUGAAUUUCUAGCACAGGUGUCCACUGUUUCAAGAUUAAAACAUGAAAAUUUUGUGGACUUGCUUGGUUAUUGUAUUGAAGGAGAUCAACGCCUACUGGCUUAUGAAUUCGCUACAAUGGGCUCUCUACAUGAUAUUUUGCACGGAAGAAAAGGUGUUGCAGGUGCACAACCUGGACCUGCUCUUGACUGGAUGCAAAGAGUCAAAAUUGCUGUUGAUGCUGCAAAAGGUCUUGAAUAUCUUCAUGAGAAGGUGCAACCUUCCAUUGUCCAUCGAGAUAUACGGUCUAGCAAUGUUCUUUUAUUUGAGGACUACAAGGCUAAAAUUGCAGACUUCAAUCUUUCAAGCCAAUCUCCAGAUAUGGCUGCUCGUCUUCAUUCUACUCGCGUCCUCGGAACCUUCGGAUACCAUGCUCCAGAGUAUGCUAUGACUGGCCAGCUGACUCAAAAAAGUGAUGUAUAUAGUUUUGGGGUUGUCCUUUUAGAGCUUCUAACUGGAAGGAAACCUGUAGAUCAUACAAUGCCAAGGGGCCAGCAGAGUCUUGUUACAUGGGCAACACCAAGGCUUGGUGAGGACAAGGUGAAACAAUGUGUUGAUCCAAGAUUGAAUGGAGAAUACCCUCCAAAGGGAGUUGCAAAGCUAGCGGCAGUGGCGGCUCUCUGUGUGCAAUACGAAUCUGAGUUCAGACCAAGCAUGAGCAUAGUAGUGAAAGCAUUAUCUCCUCUUCUUGUAAAUGCACCAUAUCAGCCGGCUGGUGCUCCUGAUAUAUCUUCAGAUGCCUGACAACAUGCACAACUCAAAACCCAUGUAAAGAAACACCAUUUAUUUUCGGUAUGCCAUUUUUAUGAGUUACUUAUCUUUCGUAAAAUCUGAAUUGUGUGUAUUUAUUGGAGAGGAAGGGAAGGAAAAGGAGUAAUGCGUUUAUUUUGAACCCAUGUACUUCAUAUGCUUGAGAGCUGCUGCAGAAAAGUUCAUUACUUAAUCUACACAUUUGUGCA